AUGUGGGCCGCGCUGAGGUUGACGCUGCGGCCCUGCGCGCGCGCCGCCGCCGUCGCCCCCCGGCCGCGCGCCUACCACGGGGACGCGGUGGCUACUCUGGGCACGCAGCCGGACUCGGGCUCCUCCGUGUACCAGGAGAACUAUGAGCAGAUGAAAGCACUAGUGGAUCAACUCCAUGAACGAGCCGAAUGUAUAAAGCUAGGAGGUAGUGAGAAAGCCCGGACACUGCAUAUAUCAAGAGGAAAACUGUUACCCAGAGAGAGAAUCGACAAUCUCAUAGACCCAGGGUCUCCUUUUCUGGAAUUAUCUCAGUUUGCAGGUUACCAGUUAUAUGGUAAAGAGGAAGUCCCUGCAGGUGGCAUCAUUACGGGCAUUGGAAGAGUGUCAGGGGUAGAAUGCAUGAUUGUUGCCAAUGAUGCCACUGUCAAAGGAGGCUCCUACUAUCCAAUAACUGUGAAGAAACAUGUACGGGCUCAAGAAAUUGCACUGCAAAACAGGCUCCCCUGCAUCUACCUGGUUGAUUCAGGAGGGGCCAACUUACCUUGGCAAGCAGAUACCUUUCCAGAUCGCGAUCACUUUGGCCGCAUAUUCUAUAACCAGGCAGUGAUGUCUUCUGAGAAUAUCACACAGAUAGCAGUAGUCAUGGGCUCCUGUACAGCUGGAGGUGCUUACGUGCCUGCAAUGGCUGAUGAGAACAUCAUUGUACGCAAGCAGGGUACCAUCUUCUUGGCAGGACCCCCCUUGGUUAAAGCAGCCACUGGUGAGGAGGUGUCCGCCGAGGAUCUCGGAGGUGCUGAUCUUCAUUGCAGAAAGUCUGGAGUCACUGACCACUAUGCUUUGGACGAUCACCAUGCUCUUCACUUAGCUAGGAAGGUCGUGAGAAGUCUCAAUUAUCAGAAGAAACUGGACGUUAUGGUUGAGCCUUCGGAGGAGCCUUUGUUUCCUGCUGAUGAAUUGUAUGGGAUCGUUGGUGCAAACCUCAAGAGGAGCUUUGACGUCCGUGAGGUCAUUGCUCGAAUUGUGGAUGGAAGCAGAUUCAAUGAGUUCAAGGCCUUAUAUGGAGACACAUUAGUUACAGGAUUUGCUCGAAUAUUUGGAUACCCAGUAGGUAUCAUUGGGAACAAUGGAGUUUUGUUUUCUGAAUCUGCAAAAAAGGGUGCUCACUUUGUCCAGUUGUGCUGCCAAAGAAAUAUUCCUCUGCUGUUCCUUCAGAACAUCACUGGAUUCAUGGUUGGUAGAGACUAUGAGGCGGAAGGGAUUGCCAAGGAUGGUGCCAAGAUGGUGGCUGCAGUAGCCUGUGCCAAAGUACCCAAGAUAACCAUCAUCAUUGGAGGAUCCUAUGGGGCUGGAAACUACGGGAUGUGUGGCAGAGCGUAUAGCCCAAGAUUUCUCUACAUGUGGCCAAAUGCCCGUAUCUCAGUGAUGGGAGGAGAGCAGGCAGCCACUGUGUUAGCUACAGUAGCAAGAGACCAGAAAACACGGGAGGGGAAACCGUUCUCCAGUGCCGAGGAGGCGGCUUUGAAAGAGCCCAUCGUCAAGAAGUUUGAAGAAGAAGGAAACCCUUACUACUCCAGCGCAAGGCUGUGGGACGAUGGGAUCAUUGACCCGGCAGACAGCAGACUGGUCCUGGGCCUCAGCAUCAGCGCGGCCCUCAAUGCGCCCAUCCAGAAGACUGACUUCGGCAUCUUUAGGAUGUGACCGGCAUAAAAAAUGCGCUGUUGGACACGUACCAAAAAUUUGCAGUGUGCUAGCCUUAAAUCUUUAUAGAUUGUUUUUGAGCAUGUGGCUAUUACAAUAAUUUUUCUUACUAGCAUAUUGUACUUUUUUUUUAAAUUUUAGAACUCAAUGAGUGUAUCAAUUUGAUGAUAUCAUUUCCUUUUACAUUUUCUUAGGGACAUGUUUCCAUGGCUCAAUUUUACUAUCCACAAAAUGAAUGAUUUCAGAUUACCUUUUCUGUCCUACAAAUGGUAUGAAAAAAAUCUUUAAUCUGUAGAUUCUGGGAUUAUUGGGAUUAUUGUAUUUCCACUGAAAUGAUUCUGAUUCUGCCUGAUGAUUCUUUAUUACCCUUGUUUUGAGGAAGCAUGUGUUACUUUACUCAUAGUAGUCACACUUACUGUCUGCACCUCGGGGCUCUGUUUUCUAUCCCUCUCUAGUUUCUUUUGGGCUUCCACUUUACAUGGGUGCUAGAGUUCUGUAUUAGGGUCCUGUAGAGGAACAGAACUGAUAGAGUGAAUUAUAUUAAAAGGGAAUUUAUUGGAUUAGCUGAUGACAGUCCAGUAGCAGCUUGCAGGUCUUGAGAGUGAAGGAACUCGGUAGCUGCUCAGUCCAUGUGGCCAGAUGCCUCUGCAGUCCCGAUCCGGCACCGAAGGCCUGGAGGUUCCUGGGGAGCCGCUAGUUUUCGAUCCACGCCGGUCUUCAGUUCACGCUGGUCUUCAGUCCGCGCUGGAAGGCAGCAAGCAGCUCCAGCUUCCACUGCCAAUAGCUCUCCCCAAGGUCACUGUUGAUCUUCAUGUUGCUGAGUCCAGAAAGUCCUUUUUCUGACCUUAUGGGAAGCAACUGGGCAACAUUCUAUGGCUGAACACUACUGGCUGGAAUCCUAUCUUUAGCUUGUUGCAGUAGGUUUUCUUUUUCUUUUUCUUUUUUGUGUGUUUUCGAGGUAGGGUCUCACUGUAGCCCAGGCUGACCUGGAAUUCACUAUAUAGUCUCAGGGUGGCCUCAAACUCACCACCAUCCUCCUACCUCUGCCUCCACGGUGCCGGGAUGAGAGGCACGAGCCACCACACCCCUGGUCCAGUCUGUUCACUGGGGAGUUAGAUAUGCCAGCAGACCAGGCUGCUCCCUGUUUUGAAGUCCUACAGUGGCUAUAGACAUUCCAGUCCCCAAGUGUACUCCGUGACAUUGCCUCUUCACUUUCCAGUCUCGCCUUUCUGACUCCGCUUUUCACAGAAGGGCUCCAACCAUUCCAGACUUCUCUUUGAACCUACCUAGUCAUUCCCAUCUUACUACCUGCAAGGUCCCUCUGAUUGAACUGUUCUAUCCUCCCACCUCUGAUUGUCAAAAACCACUUCCUUAAGAAUGCCUCUGAGACCUCCCUGGGCUGGCCUGGCUUCCUACUAUAUGUUCUUAUAAAA